GGUGGGGGCGCAAAGUGGGCCUGCCCGAGGCGAGGAGCAACGCCAAGGAGAGUUGCAUCCGCCUGUGUGGAAGGAGCGACGGAUGGUGCCGCUGCCGCGGCCGUCUCCUCGGGAAGAAGCGGCUCUCUUGCCCUGUCCGGAAUCCCAGUCCGAAGUUCCAGCCUGCCACUCUUCUCUGAUGCCAUGCCAGCGCCAACUCAAAUGCUUUUUCCUAUGAUUCGUAACUGUGAACUGAGCAGAAUCUAUGGCACUGCGUGUUACUGCCACCACAAACACCUCUGCUGUUCAUCCCCUUACAUUUCUCAGAGUCGUCUGAGGUAUACACCCCAUCCAGCAUAUGCUACCUUUUCCAGGCCAAAGGAGAACUGGUGGCAGUACACCCAAGGAAGGAGAUAUGUUUCUACACCACAGAAAUUUUACCUCACGCCUCCACAAGUCAACAGCAUCCUGAAAGCUAAUGAAUACAGUUUCAAAGUGCCAGAAUUUGAUGGCAAAAAUGUCAGUUCUGUCCUUGGAUUUGACAGUAAUCAGCUACCUGCAAAUGCACCCAUCGAGGACCGGAGAAGUGCAGCAACCUGCUUGCAGACUAGAGGGAUGCUUUUGGGGGUUUUUGAUGGCCAUGCAGGCUGUGCUUGUUCCCAAGCAGUCAGUGAAAGACUCUUUUAUUAUAUUGCUGUCUCUUUGUUACCCCAUGAGACUUUGCUAGAGAUUGAAAAUGCCGUGGAGAGUGGUCGGGCACUGCUACCCAUUCUCCAGUGGCACAAACACCCCAAUGAUUAUUUCAGUAAGGAAGCAUCCAAAUUGUACUUCAACAGCUUGAGGACUUACUGGCAAGAGCUUAUAGACCUCAACACUGGGGAAUCAGCUGAUAUUGAUGUUAAGGAGGCUUUAAUUAAUGCUUUCAAGAGGCUUGAUAAUGACAUCUCCUUGGAAGCUCAGGUUGGUGAUCCCAAUUCUUUCCUCAACUACCUGGUGCUUCGCGUCGCAUUUUCUGGGGCCACCGCUUGUGUGGCCCAUGUAGAUGGUGUUGACCUUCAUGUGGCCAAUACUGGCGAUAGCAGAGCCAUGCUGGGUGUGCAGGAAGAAGAUGGGUCUUGGUCAGCAGUCACUCUCUCUAAUGACCACAAUGCUCAGAAUGAAAGGGAAGUGGAACGGCUGAAAUUGGAACAUCCUAAGAAUGAGGCCAAGAGUGUGGUGAAACAAGAUCGGCUGCUUGGCUUGCUGAUGCCUUUUAGGGCUUUUGGAGAUGUAAAGUUCAAAUGGAGCAUUGACCUUCAAAAGAGAGUGAUAGAAUCUGGCCCAGACCAGUUGAAUGACAAUGAAUAUACCAAGUUUAUCCCUCCUAAUUAUUAUACACCUCCCUAUCUCACUGCUGAGCCAGAGGUAACUUACCACCGAUUAAGGCCACAGGAUAAGUUUCUAGUGUUGGCAACCGAUGGGUUGUGGGAGACAAUGCAUAGGCAGGAUGUGGUUCGGAUUGUGGGUGAGUAUCUAACGGGCAUGCACCACCAACAGCCAAUAGCUGUUGGUGGCUACAAGGUGACUCUGGGCCAGAUGCAUAGCCUGUUAACAGAAAGGAGAGCCAAGAUGUCCUCAGUAUUUGAGGAUCAGAAUGCAGCAACCCAUCUUAUCCGCCAUGCUGUGGGCAACAACGAGUUUGGGAGUGUUGAUCACGAGCGCCUCUCCAAAAUGCUGAGUCUUCCUGAAGAGCUUGCUCGGAUGUACAGAGAUGACAUUACAAUUAUUGUAGUUCAGUUUAAUUCUCAUGUUGUAGGGGCAUAUCAAAACCAGGAAUAGUGAAUGAAUCUUACCCUGGUGACUCUCAAGUGAAAUAGAUUUAAAGGACAGAUAGAAUUUUUUUUAAUUUAUUUAUUUUUAUUAUUUUUCUUAUCCUGACCCAAGGACAUUUUUUUUCAUUGCUUUUAGAGAUAGAGGAAGGGGAGAGGUGAGAGACAGGAACAUUGAUUGGUUGCCUUCUUGCUUGAGCCCGGACCAGGGAUCAAAUCCACAACCUGGGUACAUACCCAAACCGGGAAUCAAACCUGCAACCUUUUGGUCAGUGGUGCAACGCUCCAACUGAGUCACACUGGCCAGGGCAAGACAGAUAGAUUUUUAAAACAUACAAAAAUAAUAAACAUUGCCAGUGGGCCAUUCUACACAUGUACCCAUUUGAUCUUCCAACUAGUCAAGAAUCCAAUUGAUUUGGCAGUAGGUGGUAGGAUAAUGAGAGUGUUCUCCCUGGCUCAGACCUCACAGUGCCUGCACUUGAGGCAAGUCCUUUAAAUAAGGCAAGUUCCUUAUUGCAGAUGUCAUGUGACAUUGGCUUCUUGUAUCAGUCUGAGAAAAUCAGGACUUGGCAAAUAGGCUCUUGACUAGGUGGCCGAUAGGAUCUUGAAUAGGUCAAAAGCAAGGAUCUUGCUGGGCAUAUUUUCUUGGUGAAAGAAACAUUACUGUUUACACUUGGAGGCUCAUUUUGUCACUAAGAUUCCAGUGUACAUGAGAAUAUUUAUUGCAUGAUUUCCUAGAUAUACAACCUACGCAUUCAUAUAAAUUUGUUUUAUCCUGAGAUUUUCAAAUGCAGUACUUUAAGCCAUAAAUGACCAAGAACCAAGCAAUCUGAAUUUGUGUUUGAUUAUUUGGAAUGCUUUUGAAAUGGAAAAACAAACUACUCCCUUCUUUAUUCGAUUACUUAAUGUCAUUGAAACAUUCUACAAAUUUGAAGACAAGGUUUUUAGUUUUAUGUACUCUUAUAUUGAUGUUAAAUAAAAAAUGUUCUUAGUUUGUAUUAACGACAAGCUUUAUUUAGUUUAAAAUAAAAAGAUCUAGAAUACAAAGGUGGGAAUGUGGAAGUCGUGUCUCUCUAGCCACCAGCACAUCAUUCUUACGUGACUCCUGAAGGCUUGGCAUCUGAGUAUGUGGGCGGUAGACCGCUGCUGGUGCAUCAUACUUCUGAUUUCAUAGUGAUAAGGAAUUUCAUCACUUGGAAUUUUAAGGGUAACAAAGUAAUUUAAAAUACCAAUUUGAGGAAUAAGCCUUACCUUUGGGUAUUAAGACAAAGGAGGAAGUUUUUGUUUUUCCCCACUUAGACAUAGGUCAGUUAAAAUAUUUGGUUUAAAAAUUACUAAAUGCUUUAAACAUAAUGUAGCUUAUAAAUAGGAAUGUUGAGCUAUACAUGUGAGAAAUUUUAAGAGGUAACUAUUUUGCAUGCCUGGUGCUUAAUAGAGCACUUAGUAGCAUCAAGUGUUCUUUGCAGCAGUCUCCAUAAUUACAUGCAGUCUCUUCUCCUACUGUAUCAAAGUAAGUGAAAAUAAACAUUCAGAUUGGCUUUUUGGGAUCUUUCUUGAUUUGCAUCAAAUGGCGUUUUGUUCUUGUAUUUAAUGGUGAGCUCUGUACAGCUGUGCAUAUAUUUUCAUUACUUAUUCUAGCAACGCUGUUAAAUGACUAUGACUAUGUGUGUUCAUAGAGAUUUUAAUACAAAACAUGAUCAGCUUUCCCUGUGUAAUUAGUUAAGGGGUGUUUAGUAGUCCUUUCAGAUUUCUGUAGAAUAUGAACUAGAUAUUCAAGAACUCCCUAUGGACUGGACCCUAAAACAACUGACUGAAAAACUUUUCCAGUUGAAAAACAAACUCAGGAAGAUUGUAGCUCAGAACAUCAUAUGUUUGUUUUCUGAGAUCUUUCCCCCCUAAUUUUUUGUUUGUAGGGUUUUUUUGUUGUUCUUUUCCCCAUCAGCUUGGAGCUUUUCUUCUAGGCAGCAUUUUCGAAGAGGGAAAGGCUGUGUGUACUACAUACUUAUUUCUAAAUGCUUUGACAGAGACUUUAAAAUGAAACAUUGGCUGCAGCAGCAAUUAAGACCCAUUUUCAGGCUACCAUUUGAAUUUCUCUUGAACACCACCCUGAAGAGUUCCAUAUUAUACUUAAAAGUUUCAUUUGUAUAUAGUGCAAUAAAUAUAAAUUUAGUUUCCUGUGGUCAUGAUCAACACAGUAAUUAUCACUACACAAGCAACUUGGUCUGUAGGCCAAAAGCUGGUCUGUCAACUCCAGAAUGAAAAUGCAGCGUAGAGUGCACAUUGUUGAAAUGAAAGUAAUUGGAUGUUAGGAAUCUGAAUGUACUAUCAUCUGAAAGCACUUACAAUUUUAUUGUAAUUUGUUGUCAUGGUGAUGUCACGUGGAAUUAAAGAAGAUGUGUAACCUUUCA